AUGUUCAACACGCGAUGGAAGGUGUUGAUAUUUCUGACAUUAUGCUACUAUCAAAAAACAUAUGGAGAGGAGUUGGACAAAAAGAAAUUACAAAAAGAAGCAUACGACAUGUUCAUGCACGGAUACAACUCUUACAUGAAUUAUGCGUUUCCAGCUGAUGAGUUGAUGCCACUUUCUUGUAAAGGAAGGAUACGUGGAGUGACGCCUAGCAGAGGUGAUGUCGAUGAUGUUCUCGGAAAUUAUUCCGUUACAUUAUUGGACAGUUUGGACACGUUAGUGGUGAUGAACGAGUUCGAUGAGUUCGAAAAGGCUAUCGACUUGGUCAUCAAACACGUGCGAUUUGAUUCCGAUCAUGUUGUCAGUGUAUUCGAGACGAACAUCAGAGUUCUUGGUGGUCUGAUCUCAGCUCAUGUUUUGGCCGAGUUGAUAAAGGAAAAGCACCCGGAGAGGUUGCAAACAUACGACAAUCAGCUGCUAAAAAUGGCGACAGAAGUUGGAAAUAGAUUGCUGCCUGCUUUCAACACAACGAGUGGUUUACCCUACAGCAGGAUAAACCUGAAACAUGGAAUGCAGGACCAUCUCAAAAGACAAAAGGAUACAUGUACUGCUUGUGGCGGCACCAUGAUACUGGAGUUCGCUGCAUUGACUAGUUUGACGGGUGAUCCAAUUUACGAGACAAAAGCAAGAAAAGCAAUGGACUUCUUAUGGCAACAACGACACAGGUCAUCAGAUCUUAUGGGUACGGUGCUGAAUGUACAUUCCGGUGAUUGGACACGACGGGAAAGUGGAAUUGGUGCGGGAAUUGACUCUUAUUACGAGUACACUCUCAAGGCGUACAUCCUGUUAGGAGAUGAAAGUUAUUUGGACAGGUUCAAUAAGCACUACGAAGCCAUCAAACGAUACAUCACAAAAGGGCCAAUCUUCGUAGAUGUGCACAUGCAUAGACCUACUGUUGCAACAAGAGGUUUUAUGGACUCACUGCUCGCUUUCUGGCCAGGACUUCAAGUGUUGAAAGGAGAUGUCAAAGAGGCAAUCGAGAUCCAUGAAAUGCUCUUCCAAGUCAUUCAGAAGCACAAGUUCCUACCAGAGGCGUUCACACACGACUUCCAAGUGCACUGGGCAGAACAUCCAAUCAGACCAGAAUUCGUGGAGAGCACUUACUUUUUGUACAGAGCUACUAAAGACCCGCACUACUUACUUGUUGCUAAGCAGAUUAUGGACAGCAUCAACAAGUAUGUGAAGGUACCGUGUGGAUUCGCUGCUUUGAAAGAUAUCAGAACUAUGGUUAAGGAAGACCAAAUGGAAUCAUUCGUCCUCUCCGAAACUUUCAAAUAUCUCUACAUGAUUUUUACUGAUCCAGAGGAUUUAGUUUUUGAUCCGGAUCACUACGUACUCACCACAGAGGCUCAUUUUCUACCAUUGAGCAUUGGUCACAAAACAAAAGUUGAGAAGACUGGAAACCCGAGGAGAAUGGUUUUGAGAGCUGACGAACAGAAACAGAAAAACUACGUGUGUGCCAACCCAAUCGAUUUUACAAAGUUACCCACAGAACGAGAGGAGGCUAAACUGAUAAGAGAGAGAACGAAAAUGGUGUUGGGAGAGCUUAGAAAUGGAAUGAGUGGAGGAAGUGGUGGGAGUUCUGCAGGAACAAAUUGUGAAUCACCAGCCGAGAGGAUUAGAGCUUGGGCGUUUUCAUCAAGCAACCAAGAGCAUGUCAAGCAGUUGGCAAUGAUGGGCAUUGAGAUAAUCACACUUUCGGAUGGACGGCUGCACUUGAGUCACAAGUCUAAUACUGGCAAAAAAGUUACGUGCGAAAUUGAUGACGAACCCCUGUGUUGGGACGGGCCGCGAAAUGAUCCUCAGAGAGAACGUGUUACCAGUGGAUCUUACCUCAAUGCAUAUUUCUAUCUUUUCGACACAAUGCUCAUAUUUAUCAUGUACCUAUUCGCAUUUACUAUUCUUGCAUUGUCUCCGACAUACGCAAGAUGGGGAUACGAAUUCAUGCAAGAAAUGCAGGAUUAUGUUGCAUCAUUUGAUAAACGCGGUGAAAAUUGGGACCAUAACGAAAAGUACGUUCAAAUGUUGAGUGCUCCAUAUUACGGGAAACCAGCGCUUUUUGGAUCCCCUGCUCAAUUCGGAAUCGACCUCGGAAUCACGGUACCAGUUCUUGGUCGCGUCGCAAAAGCAAUACCCUUCCGAGGAUGUGAACCAUUAUUAAAUACUCAUGAAGUGGUUGGAAGGAUUGUGGUUGUUGAGAGAUCAGACUGUGUAUUCCAAGAUAAGGCGAGAAAUAUUCAAAGAGCUGGUGGAAUCGGAAUGAUCGUCAUUGACAAUGAGCUAGAUACAAAAUUCAUGAAAGAACGACCGAUGUUUUCCAUGGCGAACGAUAAGGAUGGAAAAGACGAUAUUGGAUUUGCUUCACUUUUCUUAUUCCGACUGGAAGGAGAAAAAUUGUUAAAAGCUAUGAAGAAAGACAAGGAUUUAGUCAUUUCAAUGUCAUCUCGCGAAAUAUCUAUCAAUGAGACCAUUGGAAAGCUGCUGCGGUUUGGGAAAAUGUUCCAUUUUGACAAUGAUCAUCCGAAGUGUCCACUUGAUGAUGGUGACAUCAUUUUGCAUAGUUUGGCAUAUCCAGAAGUGAUACUGAAUUUGAGAUUUAAUGGAAUCAAUCAGGAUAGUGAUCCAAGGUUGCAUCAAGAGGUGGUCGAGCGACAUGUCACGGAGCUUCAAAAAUAUGUUUCCUUUGCCGAUGCCGAUUACGAGUUUCAGUUCUACGAGUUUUUCCGAACUGCUGCCUAUGGGGCAUUGAAUCUAAACGUCGAGAAUCCCAAGUUGCUUACAGUCAUUUCUGCAUUGAGUACUCUGAAAAAGCAACCAAUUCCACCAUCAGUUUUUGCAAGACUUCCGGGAACGAUGACGAAGGUUCGUUGUAUUCCCAAAGGAGAAGAUAUGUCAUGUGUAACAUUGGCUCUUUGA